AUGGCUACUAGUGGCGAUCUUGAGAGUACUCGUCCCUUGGCUCAAUUUACUCCUACUUUUCUAGGAGAUCACCACUUCUCUGUUCCCGUCGACGACUCUGAGUUUGAUGCGAUUGAGCAUGAGAUCGAAUCGGUUAUGAAGCCGCACGUGAGAGACAUGCUCACGUCUUCUCACAUGUGUGACAAGGAGAAGAUUGGUCUCAUCCACUUGCUCAUCAGUCUAGCGAUCUCCCACUAUUUCGAAAACGAAAUCGAAGAGAUUCUAAACAAGGCGUUUGGGAAGCUGAAAUGCUUAGUUGCAGAGGAAGUUGAUCUUGAAACAAUAUCUAUCAUGUUUGAAGUUUUCAGAUUGUACGGACACAAAAUGCCUUGUGAUGUGUUUGAAAGAUUUAAAGGGGAACAUGAUGGAAACUUCAAGGAAAGUGUAGUUGGAGAUGUAAGAGGCAUGUUGCAGCUGUUCCAAGCAUCGUAUCUGAAAGCAAAAGAUGAGGAUAUAAUGGAGGAAGCACGGACUUUCACUAGGAAUCACUUAGCAGUGGCUGCUUCUGAUCAAUCACAUCUCUCUAGGCAUAUACAAAAUGCAUUGUGCAUGCCUCGUUAUCAUUGCGUAGAAAUAGCCGUUGCAAGAGAAUACAUCUCUUUUUACGAGAAAGAGGAAGAUCACCAGGAGAAGCUGCUCAAGUUUGCAAAACUCAACUUCAGCUAUUGCCAGCUGCAUUACAUCAAAGAGCUCAAUGCUGUCACUAAAUGGUGGAAGGAAGUAGAUCUUGCAUCGACACUGCCUAAUAGCUUUCGGGACAGAAUUGCAGAGUUCUAUUUCGGCAUGAUGGGUAUAUAUUUCGAGCCACGAUAUUCCCGUGCGAGAGUUAUAAGCACUAAAAUUUCCAUGAUCAUGACCGUUGUUGAUGACACUUAUGACGCCUAUGGCACUCUUCCUGAAGUUAUUAGUUUCACUGAUGCUUUGCAAAGGUGGGACAUUGGAACCAUCGAAAAUCUACCAACCUACAUGCAAAUUAUAUUCCGAAUUUUGUGGGAAAUCAUGCAAGACAUCGAACGAGAAAUGAGUUCACUAGGAAGAUCUGGCGGUGUGCAACCGACAAUAGAUGAGAUAAAGAGCCUGACGAAGGAAGGGUAUAUAAAGAUAGCAAAAUGGGCACGCGGAGGCCACGUGCCGACCUUUGAAGAGUACAUGGAGGUCGGAAUCGUCACUGCCGGAAUGGAUGACAUGAUAGUGUUCAGCUUUCUAGGGAUGGAAGACUGCGAUGAGAAGAUAAUGUACGAGUGGCUCGCCUCAAGACCCAAAGUCAUCCUAGCUUUCAAUGUUAUGCUCCGUCUGAUAAACGACAUAGCCACGUUUGAGGAAGAGUUGGAGAGAGGGGAAGUGGCGAAUGGAGUCAACUGCUACAUGAAACAACAUGGUGUUAGUCAAGAAGAAGCGGUUGGAGAAUUGAAGAAGAUGAUUAAGGAUCACCAUGAGGUAAUGAUGGAGGAGUUUUUUGAAGCCUCAGCUACUGUGCCACGCCAGAUUCUAGUGCGAGUCUUCAAUCUUGUACGUGUGAUCAAGUUGUUCUACAAGGAAGGUGAUGGAUUUGGUCAUCCUGGUGAAAACCUCAAAGCCCACUUCACCUCUUUGUUUUUAUAA